AUGACACUGAUACAAUGUUCUUCUGCACAUGCGCUUCCUCCUCUUCCUCUUCGGCAACAAAUUCUCACAGACGACGCCUUCUCCAUCUACCGGAAGAUACAUAAUUCUUUAUAUAACCAAUCACAACCCAAUAGCAAUGAUAAAUUUUUUGAAUCUCAAAUCGAAUUCGACGUAGAUAUUCGAGUAGCCGUUGUAAAAAGAAGCGGUGGUUCUGAUCUGAUUGUGUCGGAGACGAUGAUGGUGAAGAAGAUGAUGAUGAAGACGAGGAGAAUUGGGCGAAUUGAAGCCAAAAGAGAUGGGUAUCUGUCCUUGAUAGUUUUUGCCGAUUGA